AUGACACAAAAUGAUCCAAAGAUGAUUAAACCACAUGGUUACCAUAAUCAUCUUCCUCGCCUACAGUCAACGUGUAAUACAUCCACCAAAGUCAAACAAUCGUUAACUCAUCAAUGUAAACAAAAUGGUUUCGCAGUUCUUCCCCCAAUCAGUCGCACUAAUUCAUUGCUAUCACCUAAAUCACCAAGUCCACUAUUAGCAUUACCAAUCAAUCUAGAACCGAUACCACCGAUCAUUUCAACAACAAAUGAACCAGCUAAACGUACCAUUCGGAACACUGUACCACAACCUUCUCAAGAACUUUCGUCUUCGCAUGUCACUCAUAGUGCACAUCCGAAACGUUCAACACUUUACGGCCAUAUUCAAGCUAAGAUUAACACAGGUUUACCACGAACCAACAGUGUAUCUUCAAGUGAACAAGACACACAUCAAUUAGAACCACUACGUCCUGUGAAUUGGUUAGAAUUGAAACACCAACUCGAGCACGACACACAAAUACGUGCACACACAAAACGAAUGCAAUUCCACUCCAGUCUACUCUAUGCUUCCCAACUAUCUGCACUCGGCAAUUUAGUCCGUUCGAAAGUGAAAACUCAUCUCCUAUCUGCUACCGGCAGCGGUGAUCAUCGAUACAAAAUUGUUGUUCAUUUAACUGUAUUUCCAACGACAACAAUUGGCUUGCAUGUUGCUUCGCGAUGUUUAUGGAAUACGGAUACCGACAAUUCAGUUACUAUCCGAAUGCAAGGUGUCGAUUGUGAUAUAUUAAUCAUUGUUUUUCUUUGUUACACAGAUCUUGGGGCGAUAUAA